GGCAUUAAAAGCAAACAACAAAUUGCACAGCAAGUGAAAAGUUUUCGGUUGGAAAAGUCCUGUUACACACAUACACACACGGAUUGCGUGCGUGUGUGUGAGUGCGUGCGUGUUUAAGUGCUUUUGCCAGUGAGUGCGGCCCAUGUUAAGGUGGCCCUGUUUUUGUUGGCUAAUUAUAUAGCUAGUCUGUCUAGCUAGAGCUAAAACAUGGAAGGAACACCGGGAACAGCAGACGCUGCCGACGUCGUAGUAGAACCUCCUGGCCAGAAUACUGUGCCACUGCGAAAACCAAGGAUAACGUUUAGCGAAAACUCCAGCUCCCUAAUACGCUGCAUACCCAACGAACGUGCGACAUUCUUUGUGAAAAUCGACUGUGAUGAGGAGGAUGAAAUGGAAUUUUUGCCCUUCACAUUUGAAUGGACCCGUGGCGAUAUACCCAUCGAGAACUCCGAUCGCUUUCGCAUCACACAGACCAGCAAUGCCGUCCAGCUGGCCGUGGAGCAUGUGCAGCGCGAGGACGCUGGACACUAUACCCUGUUUGCCCGCACGAAAGGCAGCGAGGUGGCGCGCAGGCAUGUGGAGCUCAUUGUCGAGGACAGAUCAACGGGCGAGGAUCCACCCGUAUUUCUGCGUCGCCUUGUCGAUCUCUCCGUCAAAGUGGGAACACGAACUCGCCUCCUAACAGAAAUACGCAGCUCAACAGAUCUUAAGUUAACAUGGUAUCGAAACGAUCGCAGAAUAUGUGAGAACGAUCGCAUCACCGAGACGAAUGAGGGCACAUUUCACUACUUGGAAGUGAGCCCAGUUGUGCUCGAGGAUGGGGGCCAAUGGAUGUUGAUGGCCGAGAAUAUGGGCGGACGUAAUUCCUGUUUGGCCACACUGAAUGUGCUGGUGCCCAAGGCCUAUAAGACGCCCGAGUUUGUGGAGGAGCUGCGAGCGGUGCUCACCGAGCAAGGCACCGUAUCGCUGGAGUGCAAAGUGGUGGGCGUGCCAACGCCACACUUGCGCUGGUUCAAGGACUCCAAGGAGAUCAAAGCGGGCGACAUAUUUGCGCUCACCGCCAAUGCCGAUGAUCCCACGUCGCUGGGCACAUAUACGUGCGAGGCGAAGAACUGCAUGGGCGUCACCUACUCCAGCUCCAAGGUGCAUGUGGUGGGCCGUGGCAGUCGCGAGGGCUCGCUCAAGCCGGCCGACAACGUCAGCAGCAACGCGCCACCGCCGAUCUUCACGAAUGAGCUGCGAGACCAGAGCGUCCACAUCGGCGAUACCAUCAUACUCGGCUGUCAAGUUGUGGUUCCGCCUUGGCCCAAAAGCGUCACCUGGUAUAACAAAGAUGGACGUGUGGAGACCGAUGAUCGCUACAAACUAAUCGAAGAUGGCCUUGGCGUCUAUAUGAUUGAGAUCAAGCCCUCAGAAUCGUGCGAUGCCGGCGACUGGAAAUGCGUCGUCACCAGCUUUGAGGGCAUUGUGGGCAUUUCAACUUGUGUUGUCAACAUGGACAUUCCUCGUAAUUACCGCAAGCCCAGGUUCAUGGAGAGCCUGCGCGCGGUGCUGACUGAGGAGGGUUUGGUUUCCUUUGAGUGCAAAGUAGUUGGCUUUCCGACGCCAGUGCUCAAGUGGUUCAAGGACGGACACGAGCUGAAGCCCGGCGACGUUUAUCAGCUGACGGGUACCAAUUCGCUAGGCACCUACUGCUGCAUCGCACGCAACUGCAUGGGCGAGACCAGCAGCACGGCGGUGCUCACCGUGGAGGAUAUACAGAAUCAGUUGACAGACGAGGAGCGUCUGGUCUUUACGCAUCAGAAUCAAGCGCCCAAGUUUCUAACCGGCCUGAAGAGCACCGAUGCCAAAAUCAACGAACCAUUUCAAUUUAAAGUUGUGGUCAGGGCUACACCAGAUCCAAUUCUCAGUUGGUUCCGGGACGAGCUGCCCAUCGAUCCGAACGAACGAUACAAUCACUAUCGGGGCGAGAACGAGGAGUGGCUGCUGGACAUCAAGUCGGCCGAGUUUGUCGACCAGGCCGAGUGGAAGUGUGUGGCCGUCAAUGACUUUGGCACCAGCAUUACCUCGUGCUUCCUCAAGCUGCAGAUACCGAGGCACUACAAGAAGCCCCGAUUCCUUGAGUGUCUGCGCGCCGUGCUCACCGAGGAGGGGGCCGUCAAUCUGGAAUGCAAGGUCAUUGGUGUGCCACAGCCGGUGCUCAAGUGGUAUAAGGAUGGUGUGGAACUAAAGCCGGGCGAUAUACACCGGAUUAUUUCUGGCCAGGAUGGCACCUGCUGCUUGGGCACCUACACCUGCGAGGCCCGAAACUGCAUGGGCGUUGUCGCCAGCUCCGCUUCGUUGCUGGGCUUCGAGGAUGCGCAGCGAGCACAGAAACCAGAGCAGUCUGAGGUGAAUGAACUACAAAGGAACCUGUCGCUGUCCACCAUUCAAGAGGAACGCACAUCGCAGCUUUAUGAGACGCCAGUGGGCGAUAUAACCAUAGAUGAGAAGGGCGAUGUAUCCUUCUCUUUUGACGGCAAAGAAGUUUCAGUGUCCCUGUACGAAACGCCUGACCUAACCGAAGAGGAGGCUCUGAAGAUUGUUGAGAUGUAUGCAGAUCAGAUAUCGGAGCAUGUGACGGAGCACAAUAUUGUGGAGCUGCCACCAUUGCGUUUCGUCAAGGAGACUUCGCAGUCCGGCAAGCUACUCAUGGAAGCAGUCGUCAUAGAUAUAGCGCCCGAGUACUUCACCCAUGAUGAGGAUUUGCGCACUGAGGCCGGUAUGGAUGACAUAUCCAUCACUGAGAUCACCGUGCACGGCUCCUCGGGCAGGGAGGGAGUCUUCGAUAAGCAAACAGAGAAAUAUGCUCAACAAUCGUUUGAAAAAAUGGAGGAGGAGCUAUCCUUAUCAGCACCCAUACGAAAACGCAAGAAAUCCCGACCCACGGAAACUGAUGAAUUCUUUAGUUUGUCCAAGGCAUCCGGCUCAGGCAGCCAGGGUGAGGAGGAGACAUCUGAUUUGCAAACGUUUGCCAGUGCACAGAUGUCCACAUCACAGAAGGCAGCUCUGUCCAGCGAAGGCGAAGCAGCCGCUGCCGCACCACCAAAGCGUAAGAAGUCCAAGAAGCCCACGGAUAGUGAUUCCUCGAAGACCACUGAGGAUGAUGCCAAACUACAGGACAUUUCGGGCGCUGUGGGCGAUGGAUUAAUGAUGCAGCCAGCGUCACAGAUGAAAGCCGUAACUGAUGAGGCGGAGAUCAACAAGAAUCUCAUGGCAUUGGUGCCAUUAGCCAAAUUGCUGAGAGUCAUUGAGAAUCAUUUGACGGUGGUCGAGGCGGAGGUACUGGACCAGUCCACCAUGAUGAUGACACCAGCUGCUGCUGAUCAAAGCAUUGCCAUCAUUCGGGAUAUUCUAGAGCCCAUCAAACAGAUCGAAUCGAAGCUGCGCGUCUACUCGGGCGAGACCCAGAUCGAUGCACUCAUCCAGACCAUGGAGGACGACAUACGCAGGCUGCACAUGGGCCUGCAGGUGAUUGAGAAGUGCGUGGAGAUAGAUGAGACGGGCGCCACACUCAUCCAAAGGACGAGCGUUUGCAUUAUUGACAGCGUGGCGGAGCAUAUGAAGCGGGCGCUCGAGGAGCUGAAGAUUGUCAGCGCGAAAUUCGAAUCGGAGAGCUUGCGAAAUCAGAUCAACUUGACGGCAGAUGAUAUACACCAAGGUCUGGAAAUAACCCAGGGCACCAUCAGGUCACAGGCUCUGCUGCAGGAGGCCCAAGAAUUGGAAGCAGCCAAACACUUUACAGAGACCGUGGAGAAGAUGCAGGAUGUGCCCGACAGCAUUUCGUUUGCCUCCAUUACGGACGCCAAUUUGCCUAGCGAAGCGAGUGCCUUGAAGGAAAUCUGUCAGCCAGUAGCGAGAAUACAGGAAGCUCUGGAGCGCGUUGAAAUGGAGCUGUCCAUGGAGGAGAGUGAGGAGCAAAUCUACAAGAAGGUACACAAAAAGGUGCUCGACAGCAUCGUGCAGCCCAUUAAGGAACUGCAGAGCACACUGCAAUCAAUUGAAGCGAAGACAGAAUCCCUUGCCGGUUCCGAAUCUAUCGAGCAAAAGAUUAACAUGGCCAUUUUGGAUAUUGUAACACCGCCACUGUUCGAGCUCAAUAAGGGAUUGGAGCUGAUAGUUAAUGAGAAGUCAGAUAGCGUUGAAGCUGGCAUGUUCACGGUGAGCACUGUGGAAUCCAUGGUACCGCCACUCCAAGAGAUUCAGAAUGGAUUGGCCCAGUUGGGCCAGGAUCUGGAAAGUGGCCAGGCAGCCAGAGAGGGUGCCAAAUUGGAUUUGGCAGACACCCAGAAGCUAUUGCAGUCCAUUGCCCAAGCCGUUCUGCAUUUCGAGACGAACAUUGAAAGAAUAUCGGAACGUCUCAGCGAUAAUGUGAAGAUUCGCUUACAAAACCUGAAGGAUGAGCUAUCCGCCCUGAUUGGCACCAUAUUGGAUAAGGAUAUAACUCGGUAUCAUGUGCAGCUGCUUGAUAAGCUGAAGCGUCCCAUCGAUGAGCUGAAUUAUUGCAUACGCCAGACUGAGGUGAAAUCCACCUCUGGGUCUUUGGCCGAUCUAAUCGAACCACUCAGCCUACUGCAGGAGAACACACAGAAGGGACAAGGAUUGCUGCUGGCCACACGGGAAGGCGAGCCGGAUAAGCAGGCGCUUCAGUCCCUAGAAAAUAUACGCAAUAUAAUACGCAACGCUAUUAUUGAUAUCGAGGAGCACGAGUUCAAGAUUCUGCAGCAGGAGAUCCAACAGGACGAGCAGCUGGCUGCCCAGCAGGACAAGUCCUUCAGCGCCUUGCGAAAAGUCCUCGAGACAAAAGUCUCACUAGACGAGUCGAUUGCCAACAUUGAAACACUGCAGCUGGCACUAAACAGAAUUAAUGAGAAUGCCAAAAUAACGCCCAAGAUCAAAUCGUCGGCGAAUGAAGCUCAAGUUUCGCUCUUGCGAAUUCUACAAAUCGCCAAGGGAUUGGCCACCUUCAGUGAGGCGGAGAACACACUCAACUCGAACGAAGCGCAGACCAUACGCAUUCUAUAUGAGAUGGGCAAGAGUUUUGCUGAUCUCGCCAAGACACUUGAUAAUCCAGCUGCUGAUAAUAAUGAAUUCAAUGAGGUCUUGAAUAAUUUCAACGAUAUUGUUGCCCAGCAGAGAGAAGCUUUGGAUCAGACUCUUACAUGGAAUGCACUCGCCAUAUCCAGUCCACUCUCCAGUUUCGUACAUGCACUCGAGAACCUUCACCCACUGAAACAGUCCACCGAAGACGUAUCCACAUUGGAUGAUGUUUCUGUGCUCAAGUCAUUAGCUGAGUCCUUGCCCACCGAGCCAGAGGCAUAUGCCGAAGAAGAGGAGGUGAAACAGGGCCAGGAAACUCUGAAGAAGCCAGCUGAGAUGUUGCUCUCAGAUCUGAAUCAUGGCAUUGCAGCUGUCCUCUCGCAUUGUGAGGAUCUGGACGUGAGCUCCUUGCGUGGAGAGACUGGUGAACAACUGCAAGCUGCCAUCAUUAAAAUGCAGGAUCUGCAGAGCAACAUUGCGCUGGUGCAAGAAGCAAACAUUGUCGAGGCUGCCCAGUCCUUCUCGGAAGGCACCGAUCCUGGCACUUUUGCCGCGGCCAUGUGCAGCCUGGAGCGCUGUGUGCUCGAGGUUGAGGAAUGUAUUGCUCACAGUGGAGCGGAAAGUCUAAAGGAUCUGGAGUUAUCUAAGCUCAAGACAUUGGCCACACCACUUCACGAUCUACGGCAAUACUGCGAACAAAUUGAUAUUCAGGCAGUGGAACAGGCACUCGAUAUGUCCUCCCAGAACAUAUCGGAGCUGAAGACCAGCGGGCAGCAGCACACAGUUGAGGAUGCUGCCAAGGAGGCAGCAGUCGUCGCUGCAGAGCCAAAAGUCGAAGUCUUCGAUGUGCAACAGGGCGUGGAAAGUGGCAUCAAGCAGCUGGAGGCUUGCUUGCAGGUAACCAAGAGCGAAGAUCACGAGGAGCUCCGUCAAGUGAGCGAAAUAAUGCAACAGCUGAACGCCGAUUUGAAGAAUAUUCAGGAGGCGCUCGUCUCAGACAGCAAUCAACAGGAAACUGUCCUGGCUCAGGCGAAAAUCGCACGCACCAUGUUCAAGUUGAAGGAGUGCUUGGUGCACACCUACGAAUCGGGCCUGGUCGACUCCCUAGACAAUGUGGAAAGCGCUUUCGAAGACAUUCUACUGUCUCUGCCGGUGCUGGAGACGCAGCUUGCUCAAGAGAUGUACCCCAAAAUUGAGAAUACUUUCAAGAGCUUCAUGACCUACUCUCAGCAGCAGUCGCUGGGCAAUGUGCAGCGCAGCUUUGAACAGCUGUUGGACUCGAUCAGAGCCGUGGCCAAUUCGCCAAACGUUGAUGUCGAUAAAUCAUCGACAUUAAUGAUCAAUCUUCAGACAAAUCUAAUGUCCACAUUCAGAGCUCUCAACGAAGUCAGCGAACAGGCUGAGAAUGAUAUACUAAGCGCUCUACUGAAGACCCAAAACACUCUGGUGGGCGUGUUUGAUUUCAUUGAGAAUAAUGAGAAUGCAAUCCGCAUCAUUGAACUGCUACAAGAGAUUGAUGUCAUAUCUGCGGAGCUCAAGAGUUUGUCUCAAGUCCCUGUCGCACCCACAUUGCCAAUUGACAUCAGUGCAAUAAUCGAGAACGUGACAGCGGGCAAGACGCUCCUUACUGAAAUCGAACGGGGCUUGCAAAACGAUGACCCACUAAGCGCCAAGCUUCUUGAAGAGAACACUGACGAGAUCGGUCAGCUGGAAGCCACGCUAAUUCAAAUUGAAAAUAAUAUUCUAUCGCAGCCGCAGCUAACGCAAAUCACAUCAGAGCAACUUUCGCUCAUUGAGACUCUUCAGCAGCAAAUAAACAAUCUGCACGAAAAACUAAUUCAAUUAAGUGCCACAAUCUAUAUACGAAGUGAAGAAACGCCCACUCAGGUAGAGAAUCCGGAAGUAGAAGAGAAAUUGGAGCAGCCGAAGGUUGCUCAAGAGAAAUCCGAAGUGAAGGCCAAACGAAAACUGGAGGAAGAUUCAAAAGAAAUUUCUACCAAAAAACCCAAGGAUGAAGUUGACGAAAAGGCCGUUCCGGAAAUUCAAGAGAAACUCGAGAUUAAAGCUUCUAUUGAGAAGGAACAAGAAUUAAAACAGACUUUGGAUAUAAAAUUCUCAGAGUUGUGCAGUGCUGUACAACGUAAAUCAAAUAAGCCUGAAGAAAUAUCAAUUAUAACAGACAGCAAGGAAAUUAUGGAUAUCUUGGAAAGCCCUGAUAAAGUUGUUAAAGGUAUUUUUAAGCUGCGAGAGCACAUUGUACAUACAUAUGAAGGAAAAUCUCCUGAGGAACAAACCGAUCAAGAUAUUGUCGAAGCAUUUAUCGAAUCACUCCUCGAGGCGUCUCCACUUGCUUCAGAGAAAAUUAUCGAAAGUUAUGUAAAAGAAAUUAAAACAAAUAUAAUACUAAGCAAAGCUGCGCUUCAGCUUAUUGGCGGAUCUGAAUUGGGUGUAAAAUCCUCGUUAAUAGCACCAAAACUUGUUAAGCUCGAAGCCAUUUCCGAAGACAUAAAGUCUAAUCUGCAAAUUGAAAAGUCUUCUCAAAAGAUGAUCCAAUUACAACAAGCCUUGAUGGAUAUUUUCGUAUUAGUCGAUGAUCUGAUGGACGAUAAAACAGCUAUAUUAAAGCCUGUCAUUGAACAUCUGAAAUCUGUUCUUCUAACAGAAUAUGAUUAUAUUGAGAAAAACGAGGGGAAACUCCAAACUGCAACUAUUGAAGGAAAAAUUCAUAAAAUUACCAAAGAAAUUUUAAAUGUUAGCGAAAAGUUGCAACAGCUCAAUACAGAUAUAAUAGCAGAAAAUCUUAUUGGAAAAGAAUCAAUCGAAGAGCAGAAGCUGGAUGCGAAAGAGAAGAAACUGGCUGAAAAGGAUGCUGAAAAGAAAGCGCAACAAGGUGAAAUAUCUGAGGUAGCUGCUGAGAAAGUAUCUGAAGAAAAAGUCCCCGAGAGCAAAAAACCUGAAGUUAAGGAAUCGGAAGCAGAGUCUCAAAAGGCAAAGAAGUUACAAAAAGAAUCAGUCGAAGAGCAACAACUGGAUGCUAAACAGAAAAAACUAGCUGAAAAGGAAGCUGAAAAGAAACCGCAACAAGGUGAAAUAUCUGAAGAAGUUGCUGAGAAAGUAUCGGAAGAGAAAGUCCCCGAGAAUAAGAAACCUGAAGUUAAGGAAUCGGAAGCAGAGUUUAAAAAGGAAAAGGUACUUGAAAAAGAAUCAGCCGAAGAGCAUAAACUGGAUGCCAAACAGAAAGAUCAGGUUCAAAAGGAAGCUGAAGAGAAAGCCCAAAAGGGAGAAGUAUCUGAAGUCAUCGCUGAGAAAGUAUCGGAAGAGAAAGUUCCGGAGAGUAAGAAACCCGAAGUUAAAGAACCGGAAGCAGAGUCUCAAACGGCAAAAGAGCCACAAAGAGAAGGAACAGUCGAAAAGCAAAAACUGGAGACGAUGGAAAAGAAACAUAUUAAGGAUGAUAAAUCGGAAGAGCAAAAACAUAAUUUGCAAUCCAUAUUUUCGGAAAUGGUCAAGGCUUCUGAGUCUCAACCUUCUAAUGAUACCUUGAAGUCCAUUGUUAUGGAAAGUAAUGAUAUAAUUGACAAUCUAGAAGACUCGGAUAGAGUUGCGAAGUCUAUAUUCAAACUCCGAGAGCACAUUGUUCAUACAUACGAUGGAAAAGCAGGUGAAGAACCUAAAGAAAAAGAAAUUUUAGAAACAUUUAUCGAAUCACUUCUGGAAGCUUUUCCGGCUGCUACAGAAAAUGUUAUCAACCACUACAUAAAAGAAAUUGAAGCAAAUGUUAUUUUAACACAAGCAGCUGUUCGACUAAUUGACGAGACUGGCAUGUUUGCGAAGCCGUCAUUAUUAAUACCAAAAUUAUUAAAUCUGGAAAAUGUUGCAAAGAACAUAAAAGCUAAUCCGAAAAUUGAGAAGUCCUCAGAAAUGAUGAUCCAUCUGCAACAGAACUUAAUGGACACAUUUCUAAUACUUGAUGAUCUAUUAGAAGAUAAUACGUCUAAUCUAAAACCUUUUAUUGAGGAAACAAAACAUGUUCUUCUGUCGGAGUAUGAUUAUAUUGAGAACAAGGAAGGACCACUACAAACUGCAACAAUUGAAGGAAAAAUUCAUAAUAUUACCAAAGAAAUAUUAAACAUUUGCGAAAAAUUACAGAAAAAUAACAACAAUGUAAUUACAGAAAAUAAGCAAGAAAUUGAACUACAAAAAGAAUCAGUCGAAGAGCAGAAGCUGGAUGCUCAACAAAGAAAACAGGGUGAUAAAGAAGCUGAAGCAAAAGCCCAAAAGGAAGAAGUGUUUGAAGUCAUUGCUGAGAAAGUAACGGAAGAGAAAGUCCCCGAGAGUAAGAAACCCGCGGUUAAGGAAUCGGAAGCAGAGUCCCUAAAGGCAAAGGUACUAGAAAAAGAAUCAGCCGAAGAGCAAAAACUGGAUGCAAAACCGGAAAAAAAGGCUCAAAGGGAAGCUGAAAAGAAAGCCCAAAAGGGAGAAGUAUCUGAAGUCAUCGCUGAGAAAGUAUCGGAAGAGAAAGUCCCCGAGAGUAAGAAACCCGAAACUAAGGAAUCGAAAGCAGCGUCUCAAAAGGCAAAGGUACUUGAAAAAGAAUCAGCCGAAGAGCAAAAACUGGAUGCAAAACAGAAAGAUCAGGCUGAAAAGGAAGCUGAAGCGAAUGUCCAAAAGGGAGAAGUAUCUGAAGUCAUCGCUGAGAAAGUAUCGGAAGUCCCCGAGAGUAAGAAACCCGAAACUAAGGAAUCGGAAGCAGAGUCUCAAAAGGCAAAGGUACUUGAAACAGAAUCAGCCGAAGAGCAAAAACUGGAUGCAAAACCGGAAGAAAAGGCCCAAAAGGAAGCUGAAGCGAAAGCCCAAAAGGGAGAAGUAUCUGAAGUCAUCGCUGAGAAAGUAUCGGAAGAGAAAGUCCCCGAGAGUAAGAAACCCGAAACUAAGGAAUCGGAAGCAGAGUCUCAAAAGGCAAAGGUACUUGAAAAAGAAUCAGCCGAAGAGCAAAAACUGGAUGCAAAACAGAAAGAUCAGGCUGAAAAGGAAGCUGAAGCUAAAGCCCAAAAGGGAGAAGUAUCUGAAGUCAUCGCUGAGAAAGUAUCGGAAGAGAGUGUUCCCGAGAGUAUGAAACCCGUGGUUAAGGAAUCGGGAGCAGAGUCUCAAAAGGCAAAGGUACUUGAAAAAGAAUCAGCCGAAGAGCAAAAACUGGAUGCAAAACCGGAAAAACAAGCUCAAAAAGAAGCUGAAGCGAAUGCCCAAAAGGGAGAAGUAUCUGAAGUCAUCGCUGAGAAAGUAUCGGAAGAGAAAGUCCCCGAGAGUAAGAAACCCGAAACUAAGGAAUCGGAAGCAGAGUCUCAAAAGGCAAAGGUACUUGAAAAAAAAUCAGCCGAAGAGCAAAAACUGGAUGCAAAACAGAAAGAUCAGGCUGAAAAGGAAGCUGAAGCUAAAGCCCAAAAGGGAGAAGUAUCUGAAGUCAUCGCUGAGAAAGUAUCGGAAGAGAGUGUUCCCGAGAGUAUGAAACCCGUGGUUAAGGAAUCGGGAGCAGAGUCUCAAAAGGCAAAGGUACUUGAAAAAAAAUCAGCCGAAGAGCAAAAACUGGAUGCAAAACCGGAAAAACAAGCUCAAAAAGAAGCUGAAGCGAAUGUCCAAAAGGGAGAAGUAUCUGAAGUCAUCGCUGAGAAAGUAUCGGAAGUCCCCGAGAGUAAGAAACCCGAAACUAAGGAAUCGGAAGCAGAGUCUAAAAAGGCAAAGGUACUUGAAAAAGAAUCAGCCGAAGAGCAAAAACUGGAUGCAAAACAGAAAGAUCAGGCUGAAAAGGAAGCUGAAGCGAAAGCCCAAAAGGGAGAAGUAUCUGAAGUCAUCGCUGAGAAAGUAUCGGAAGAGAGUGUUCCCGAGAGUAUGAAACCCGUGGUUAAGGAAUCGGAAGCAGAGUCUCAAAAGGCAAAGGUACUUGAAAAAGAAUCAGCCGAAGAGCAAAAACUGGAUGCAAAACCGGAAAAACCAGCUCAAAAGGAAGCUGAAGCGAAAGCCCAAAAGGGAGAAGUAUCUGAAGUCGUCGCUGAGAAAGCAUCGGAAGAAAAAGUUCCCGAGAGUAAGAAACUCGGGGUUAAGGGAUCGGAAGCAGAGUCUCAAAAGGCAAAGGUACUUGAUAAAGAAUCAGCAGAAGAGCAAACACUAGAUGCAAAACAGAAAGAUCAGGCUGAAAAGGAAGCUGAAGCGAAUGUCCAAAAGGGAGAAGUAUCUGAAGUCAUCGCUGAGAAAGUAUCGGAAGAGAAAGUCCCCGAGAGUAAGAAACCCGAAACUAAGGAAUCGGAAGCAGAGUCUCAAAAGGCAAAGGUACUUGAAAAAGAAUCAGCCGAUGAGCAAAAACUGGAUGCAAAAGAGAAAGAUCAGGCUGAAAAGGAAGCUGAAGCGAAAGCCCAAAAGGGAGAAGUAUCUGAAGUCAUCGCUGAGAAAGCAUCGGAAGAGAAAGUUCCCGAGAGUAAGAAACCCGAAACUAAGGAAACGGAAGCAGAGUCUCAAAAGGCAAAGGUACUUGAAAAAGAAUCAGCCGAAGAGCAAAAACUGGAUGCAAAACAGAAAGAUCAGGCUGAAAAGGAAGCUGAAGCGAAAGCCCAAAAGGGAGAAGUAUCUGAAGUCAUCGCUGAGAAAGCAUCAGAAGAGAAAGUUCCCGAGAGUAAGAAACCCGAAACUAAGGAAUCGGAAGCAGAGUCUCAAAAGGCAAUGGUACUUGAAAAAGAAUCAGCCGAAGAGCAAAAACUAGAUGCAAAACAGAAAGAUAAGGCUGAAAAAGAAGCUAAAGCGAAAGCCCAAAAGGGAGAAGUAUCUGAAGUCAUUGCUGAGAAAGCAUCGGAAGAGAAAGUUCCCGAGAGUAAGAAACCCGGGGUUAAGGAAUCGGGAGCUGAGUCUCAAAAGGCAAAGGUACUCGAAAAAGAAUCAGCCGAAGAGCAAAAACUGGAUGCAAAAAAGAAAGAUCAGAGUCAAAAAGAAGCUGAAGCGAAAGCCCAAAAGGGAGAAGUAUCUGAAGUCAUGACUGAGAAAGUAUCGGAAGAGAAAAUCCCCGAGACUAAGAGACCUGAAGUUAAGGAACCGGAAGCAGAGUCUCAAAAGGCAGAAGAGCCACAAAGAGAAGGAACAGUCGAAAAGCAAAAACUAGAGACGAUGGAAAAGAAACAUAUUAAGGAGGAUAAAUCGGAAGAGCAAAAACAUAAUUUGCAAUCCAUAUUUUUGGAAAUGGUCAAGGCUUCUGAGUCUCAACCUUCUAAUGAUACCUUGAAGUCCAUUGUUAUGGAAAGUAAUGAUAUAAUUGACAAUCUAGAAGACUCUGAUAGAGUUGCGAAGUCUAUAUUCAAACUUCGAGAGCACAUUGUUCAUACAUACGAUGGAAAAAAAGGUGAAAAACUCAAAGAAAAAGACAUUUUAGAAGCGUUUAUUGAAACACUCCUUCAGGUGUCUCCAACUGCUUCAGGGAAAAUUAUCGAAAGCUAUGUAAAAGAAAUUAAAACAAAUAUAAUACUAAGCAAAGCUGCACUUCAGCUUAUUGGCGGAUCUGAAUUGGGUGUAAAAUCCUCGUUAAUAGCACCAAAACUUGUUAAGCUCGAAGCCAUUUCCGAAGACAUAAAGUCUAAUCUGCAAAUUGAAAAGUCUUCUCAAAAGAUGAUCCAAUUACAACAAGCCUUGAUGGAUAUUUUCGUAUUAGUCGAUGAUCUGAUGGACGAUAAAACAGCUAUAUUAAAGCCUGUUAUUGAACAUCUGAAAUCUGUUCUUCUAUCAGAAUAUGAUUAUAUUGAGAAAAACGAGGGGAAACUCCAAACUGCAACUAUUGAAGGAAAAAUUCAUAAAAUUACCAAAGAAAUUUUAAAUGUUAGCGAAAAGUUGCAACAGCUCAAUACAGAUAUAAUAGCAGAAAAUCUUAUUGGAAAAGAAUCAAUCGAAGAGCAGAAGCUGGAUGCGAAAGAGAAGAAACUGGCUGAAAAGGAUGCUGAAAAGAAAGCGCAACAAGGUGAAAUAUCUGAGGUAGCUGCUGAGAAAGUUUUUGAAGAAAAAGUCCCCGAGAGCAAAAAACCUGAAGUUAAGGAAUCGGAAGCAGAGUCUCAAAAGGCAAAGAAGUUACAAAAAGAAUCAGUCGAAGAGCAACAACUGGAUGCUAAACAGAAAAAACUAGCUGAAAAGGAAGCUGAAAAGAAAUCCCAACAAGGUGAAAUAUCUGAGAUAGUUGCUGAGAAAGUAUCUGAAGAAAAGGUCCCCGAGAGUAAGAAACCUGAAGUUAAGGAAGCGGAAGCAGAGUCUCAAAAGGCAAAGCAGCUACAAAAAGAAUCAGUCGAAGAGCAACAACUGGAUGCAAAACAGAAAAAACAAGCUGAAAAGGAAGCUAAAAAGAAAUCCCAACAAGGUGAAAUAUCUGAGGUAGCUGCUGAGAAAGUAUCUGAAGAAAAGGUCCCCGAGAGUAAGAAACCUGAAGUUAAGGAAGCGGUAAAAGAGACUCAAAAGGCAAAGCAGCUACAAAAAGAAUCAGUCGAAGAGCAACAACUGGAUGCAAAACAGAAAAAACAAGCUGACAAGGAAGCUGAAAAGAAAUCCCAACAAGGUGAAAUAUCUGAGGUAGCUGCUGAGAAAGUAUCUGAAGAAAAGGUCCCCAAGAGUAAGAAAUCUCAAGUUAAGGAAGCAGAAACAGAGACUCAAAAGGCAAAGAAGUUACAAAAAGAAUCAGUCGAAGAGCAACAGCUGGAUGCAAAACAGAAAAAACAGGCAGAAAAGGAAGCUGAAGCGAAAGCCCAAAAGGGAGAAGUAUCUGAGGUAGCUGUAGAGAAAGUAUCUGAAGAAAAGGUCUCCGAGAGUAAGAAACCUGAAGUUAAGGAAGCAGAAACAGAGUCUCAAAAGGCAAAGAAGCUACAAAAAGAAUCAGUCGAAGAGCAACAACUGGAUGCAAAACAGAAAAAACAGGCAGAAAAUGAAGCUGAAGCGAAAGCCCAAAAGGGAGAAGUAUCUGAGGUAGCCGCAGAGAAAGUAUCUGAAGAAAAAGUCCCCGAGAGUAAGAAAUCUCAAGUUAAGGAAGCAGAAACAGAGUCUCAAAAGGCAAAGAAGCUACAAAAAGAAUCAGUCGAAGAGCAACAACUGGAUGCAAAACAGAAAAAACAGGCAGAAAAUGAAGCUGAAGCGAAAGCCCAAAAGGGAGAAGUAUCUGAGGUAGCCGCAGAGAAAGUAUCUGAAGAAAAAGUCCCCGAGAGUAAGAAAUCUCAAGUUAAGGAAGCAGAAACAGAGUCUCAAAAGGCAAAGAAGCUACAAAAAGAAUCAGUCGAAGAGCAACAACUGGAUGCAAAACAGAAAAAACAGGCUGAACAGGAGGCUGAAAAGAAAUCCCAACUAGGUGAAAUAUCUGAGGUAGCUGCUGAGAAAGUAUCUGAAGAAAAGGUCCCCGAGAGUAAGAAACCUGAAGUUAAGGAAGCAGAAACAGAGUCUCAAAAGGCAAAGACGUUACAAAAAGAAUCAGUCGAAGAGCAGAAACUGAAUGUGAAACAGAAGAAACAGGCUCAAAAGGAUGCUGAAAAGAAAGCCCAACAGGUAGAAGUAUCUGAUGUUGUCGCUGAGAAAGUAUCAGAAAAGAAAAUCCCCGAGAGUAAGAAGCCUGACGAGCAGAAACUGAAUGCGAAGCAGAAGAAACAGGCUGAACAGGAAACUGAUAAGAAAGCCCAACAGGGUGACGUAUCUGUAGCUGUUGCUGAGAAUGUAUCGGAAGAGAAAGUCCCCGAGAGUAAGAAACCUGAAAUUAAGGAAGCGGAAACGGAAUCUCAAAAGGCAAAAGUACUUGAAAAAGAUUUAGUCGAUGCGCAGAAACUAGAUACAAAGCUGAAGAGGACCGAAGGAAAAAACAAGAAAAAAGACGUUGAAGCAUCUGAAGUGGUUUCUGAGAAAAUCUCUGCAGAAUAUAAGCCUGAGAGAAAACAAGAAGCUAAGGAGUCUACGACGAAAUUGGUCGAAGAAAGAGGUGAAGCGAAACAGAAGAAACAAUCUCAAAAGAAUGAAGAAGACUUUUCUGAAGCUGAAAAAGGGCCCGAGAAAAUGAAGGCUGAUGACCACACGGCAGUUACGAAAGAAAGGAAGAUUGCAGAAAGCUUAAAUGAGAUAGCAGAGGGAAGAUAUGAUGAGAAGAAAAAAUCGAAUGUUGCAGAAUCAGAAGACUCAAUGAGUCUACAAACCAAAGCAUAUAAGUCAAUGGAGUCGGAAUAUCGGGAAAGAAAGGAAUCACGGAGCGCUAAGCGUAAACCAACUAUAGAUCUAAUGCUAACGAAUCGUAAUUCGGCGACCGGUAGUGAUCUUAAAUUGACAUGCGGUAUUUCUGGUCAUGAUAUGAAGGUGCAGUGGUUCAAACAAAAUAGUCCCAUUACUAACGAUGCCAAAUACAAAAUAACCUUGAAUGAUGGUCUAUCCUGCCUCGAAAUCAAAUCAACAGAGAUGAAUGAUUCUGGCAUAUAUCGUUGCAUAGCGUCUAAUCGAAAUGGAGAGGUGGAAACAAGCUGUCUUGUGACUAUAUACGAAGCACCUUCAACCAAAUUUGGCACACCGCCCAUAUUUACACGCAACAUACGAGAAUACUACCACUUGCGCGACGAUGAGCUGACCAUUGAGGGUCACGUGCACGGUGUACCGCGACCUGUUGUCACCUGGUGGCGCGGCGCCUUCCAGGUGAAGCCCAGCUACAAGUUCACCAUGCUCGAGGAAGCGCAUGGCGUGUGCAAGCUACUCAUCUAUAAGCCUGGCAAUAAGGAUAGCGGCACCUACACCCUGAAAGCCAUCAAUUCAAUUGGCGAGGCUCAAAUCAAUCAGCUCGUUGAGGUGGCCAAGAAUCUGCACUACCAUGUGCCCGGCAUUUUCCAUGCCCGCGAUAGAAUCCAAUUGGACAGCUUGAAGCAGGCCAAGGUGGCCAUGGAUGCUGCACUCAAGUCCAAGGCCGAAUCGGAUCAGAAACGUGCCGAAAUCGAGGCCGAGCAACAGCGUGUUCAGGCAGCACGUGCACCACCCGAGCCACUCAUCCCAGCCAAGCAAAAGCUGCAGUUCGCCACGCAGCUGCGCGAUCGCAUGGCACUGGAGGGCACAACCGUGAAGUUUGCGGCAACGGUGAUUGGACCAGAUCCAAAUACACGCUGGAUGAAGGAUGACAAGUGGCUCGUGAUGAGCGAAAAUAUUAAGAAUCUCUCCGAGGAGGGCAAAGCCAUUAUACAGAUCAACAAUGUCACUUCGGCUGAUUCGGGCGUAUACAAAUGUGUGGCCAAAAAUGAUCAAAGCGAAAUCGAGACCUCAUGCUACUUCAAGGUGUAUGCCGCGCAAGCUGAUGGCGACGAAUCCGAACCCAUAUUCGCCCUGCCCCUGCGAGAUGUGUAUCACUCCUCCCAGAAUGAUUUGAUUCUCGAUACGAAAGUUCGAGGCAAUCCUCGUCCCGUUAUCUCGUGGACGAAAGAUCAGAUACCCGUUGUUCUCGACGAUCGUGUCGUACAAAUCGAGCACUUGGAUGGCGUCUGCGAGCUGAUCGUUAACAAGCCAACUGUGAAUGACAACGGCAUCUACGUCUGCACCGCCCAGAAUAAAUUGGGCAGUCAGUCGACCACCCACACGGUCGUUGUCGACACACAUUCGUCACGCCGCUCUAGCAUCUUAUCGGCCAUGCAAGAGGACUCAGCCGAGGGUGCUACCAAACCCAAACCGAAGAAGCUGCCCAAGAAAGAUGAGCCCGAGGGCGGCGAAGGCGGCUAUGAGCGCCGCAGCCGCAUGCCCGACCCCUCACCCAAGCAAAUGCUCUAUUUCACGGUCAAUCUAUCCAAUCGCUAUGUAGCUGAAGGCUCUAAGGUUAAAUUGCAAGCGGUUAUUGGCGGACCCGAGCCGACCAUCAAAUGGCAAAAGGAUGACCAAAACGUGCAAUAUGGACCGCGUAUACGCAACAUGAAUCGCGACAGCUUGGCUGUGCUGGAGUUCCUAAACGCACAGGAGGAGGACUCUGGCACCUAUACGAUAAUAGCCCAAAAUGAGUUCUGCAAGAUCACCACAUCGGCCCUGCUGCAUGUCUAUCAGCCGAAGGUCAACACCGAUGUACAGCCCGUGUUCAUACGCUCGCUGAAAGAGACUUAUCACCUGAACUCGAAUGAGCUCAUACUGGAGACAGCUGUGCGGGGUCAGCCUACGCCCCAAGUGCAGUGGUUUAAGGACAGCGUUGAGGUUCAAAGUGGCGGUCGCUUCCAGAUAAUUGAGCAUCAGGAUGGCACAUGUGAGCUAAUCAUUGAUCGGCCGGAUAACAAGGACUCCGGCAAGUAUGUGGUGAAGGCGGAGAGUCGUGCUGGAAAAAUGGAAAUUUCCCAUUAUGUGCUCUUUGAGGGCAAGGCCUCCCACAUUGCGGACAAUAUUCACGGCGUGUUCCAUGCGGACAAGAGCUUGUUGCGGCCCAAGGAGGUGGAGAAGCCAGCCGUGAAGCCCGCUGCUCCAGCGGCCGCUGAUUCAGAAGCAGAAGGUGAGGAGGGCAAGGGCAAACGUCGUGGCCGUAAGAAGGAUGAUCCGGAAGAAGAGGGUGUGUCCUCGGCCACAGAUUAUGCUUCCGAUACGGCCAGCAUGUCCAGUAAACGGCGCGAGAAGAAUAUUGGCAUUCAUUUCACCACCUCUAUGAGGGAUCGCGUUGUGGCUGAAGGCUCCAAGGUGAAAAUCUCUUGCUUCCUGGAAGCCAAGGAGCCCCAGGUGAAAUGGUUCAAGAAUGAUGAGCCCAUUCAGAACUCGCCCAAGAUUCGAGGACGGUACAGCGAGGGUCUCUGCCUUUUGGAGAUUAACAGCGCUACCGAGGAGGACAACGGCGAGUACAGAUGUUGGGGACGAGAUGAAACUGGUGAGGCAUCCACCUCCUGCAGGCUAGAGGUGUAUGCAGAUCCAGGCACUGGUGACGUGCCACCCACCUUUACGCGCAACAUCAAAGAUACGCUGCACGGCAAGAUCAACGAGCUCCAGCUGGAUGUGCAUGUACGCGGUCUGCCAACGCCAUCAGUGACAUGGUACAAGGAUGGAGUGAAGAUUGAGAACAAUGAAAAGUACCACCAGGUGGACCAUGAUGACGGCACAUGCGAGCUGUUCAUUAGCCAUCCAAAGCCGGCCGACAGUGGCAAAUACGUGUGCCAGGCUGAGAACCGUGAGGGUCAAACGGAAAUUGUGCAUAUGGUCACUGUGGAGCCGCGCAUUCGGGUACGUCCCAUGUCGCCGCCCAGAGAGGGACGGCCGCCACCCAAGCCAGCUGGCGAGGAUGGAGAGCCAGCUGCUGAAGGUGAAGGGGCUGAAGGUGAAGCGACUGAGAAGAGAGUCCGAAAGCCCAAGAAUGAGGAUGAGGAGGCCACUAGCUCCAGGCGCGAAGUUCCCAUGCCUCCAGAUCUAAAGAAGCGUCUCUAUUUCCGCAACUUCCUAGCCAAUCGCACCGUCAAGUCCGGCAGCAAUGUCAAAUGGAUGGUCAACAUCGAUGGACCGGAGCCGACGGCUAAAUGGUUCCAUGGCGAUCAGCCAAUUGCCUUCGGACCCAAGAGCAAAAUGUCCAUGCAGGACGGCAUUGCCUGGCUCAAUCUCGUGGGCGUCACAGAAGAGGAUGCUGGCGAAUAUACACUACGCGUCCGCGGCCCCGAAAAUGAAAUUGUUAGCACUUGCAACCUAUUCGUUUACAGCACGGGUAAAGUUGAAAUCAUCCCACCCACUUUCACAGUGGGCAUCAAAGACACGUAUUCUCUAAAUGAGAAUGAGUUGGUUCUGGAUUGUCGUGUGCGUGGCCAGCCUCGUCCAGAGAUCCAGUGGAUGAAGGGCAACGAGAUUAUUACUAAUGAUGCUAAAUAUCAACAAAUUGAUCAGGCCGAUGGUUACUCCAAGCUGAUCAUACGCAAUCCCGUUGAAAAGGACUCUGGCAUCUACUCCUGCAUAGCAACCAACGAGGGCGCCCAGAACAAGAUGACCCAUCAGGUGGACUUUGUGGGACGCGAACGUUUCACUCUGGAGAAGGCGCACGGUUUCUUCCACCGUGAUCCCAACAAGCCACACUUCCUGGCCCCGCUCGGCAAUCAGACCGUAUGCAAUGGCGGCACCGUUGCCAUUUCGGCCGAGUUCAUGCAGUCGAGCACACCCAUCGAGGUUAAAUGGUAUCGCGAUCGCAAGGUUGUGGAGGGUCCAAAUGUUAGAACGUUGAACGAUCGUGGCAUCUACACGCUGGCCAUCAUGAAUGCUUCGGCUGAGCACGAAGGCACCUACACUUGCCUCGCCUCGAAUGCCUUUGGACGCAUUGAGUCGCAUGUCAACAUUGAUGUGGCUGUUGGCGCUGAGAAGAACGAACGCCCACCCCUCUUCCUGUCCAGACCUGAAACUGAAAUGAAGAUCGCCGUAGGUGAUCCGUUCUCGAUUUCCUUCCGUAUUGCGGGUGAUCCGAAACCGAAACUGGUGUUCAUGAAGGGCACCAAGGAUAUUACCCAAUCGGAUCGGGUCAGCAAAGAGGUAUCCGACGACUACACCAGAUUCACAGUGCAAAAGUCGCAGAUUUCCGACUCCGGCACCUAUUUCGUUGUUGCACGCAACGACUUUGGCACGGAUAGAAUAUUCGUCACAAUUACAGUUAACCCGCGCGCUCGCUCUGAAACCCCAACGCAACCACGCUGGGGCCAACCCCUGGACAGUUACAGUGAAACUUCGUAUUUCAGAGAUCCACCUGGCUGUAUAUCCACGGAGCCGCUGGUCGUUGACUCUGGACCCACCCACAUCUCGUUGUCGUGGGGCAAGCCCGUCAGCGCCAACUCUGCGCCGGUCAUUGCCUACAAGGUGGAAGCAUGGAUUGUUGGUCAUGACGGAGGCGCCUAUUGGCGCGAGUUGGGUCUGACACCCAUUAAUUCCUUUGAUGCAUUCAAUCUGAAGCCCAAUGUGGAAUACCAUUUCCGUGUGACGCCCAAAAAUCGCUAUGGCUGGGGACCGGCGGUGCAGACCAGCUCCGCUCUACAGGUGGGCGGCGUGGAGUGCCUGCCGGAGUUUGUCAAGAUUCUGCCUGGUCAGGUAAAGGCGUUGCUUGGCUCCUCCUUUACGCUGCAGUGCAAUAUGCGUGGAGCGCCGCGUCCACAGAUUACCUGGUACAAGGAUGGCAUACAGCUGAGCAGCAGCUCCGAUCGUGUCAAGAUCCGCCAGAUCGGCUCCACCUGUGCUCUAACCAUAACUACAGUUUGUGAACUCGACUCGGGGCGCUACACCUGCGAGGCAACCAAUUCCAAGGGCCGCGUCUCUACGUUUGCACGCCUGCAGGUCGUCUCUGAUCCACGGCUGUAUGAGGCAGACUCGAGACUGAAGGAAAUCGCACACGGACGCCAUCCGGCUGAACUGGGCGAAUCGUUGCCCAUUUUCACAAUGCGUCUGCGCGAUCGCCGCGUUCAGAUGACCUACCCGGUGCGUCUGACCUGCCAAAUUGUUGGCUAUCCCGCUCCGGAGAUACUCUGGUACAAGGAUGGUCAGCUCAUCACCAGUGAUAGACGACAUCUUAUCACGGCCGAGGGUCAAUUCUACACGCUGGAAAUAGCAGCCACAUUGCUGGAAGACAGCGGCAAUUACACCUGCACGGCCAAGAAUGAACUGGGCUCGGUGUCCUGCCACUGCUGUCUGGUGGUGGACAAGGGCAUACGCGCCUACAUCUCGCCCGACUUCUACGUGCCCCUGGACCCAUUCUAUGUGUUUCGUCAGGGCACUGAAAUCCGCCUGUCCACCAAAGUGGAGGCCUAUCCCGCUGUGGGUGUCACCUGGCAUCGCAAUGGCAUGCGUCUGCGUCCCAGUCGUCGCAUAUCCGCCACUCUCGACUCCACGGGCUUUGUGGAACUAAUCAUAGCCGAGGCAACGCCACGCGAUGCUGGCAUCUACGUUUGUGUCGCCUCCAAUGUGGUUGGCAAGGUGGAGACCAUAUGUCGUGUGGCCAUCGAGGAGAACGAAGCAGCUGCAACAACGCAACGCGCACUCGAUAUACCCAGCAUCAAGACAAGCGACAUGCCUUACUCCAAGGAGCCGCUAUUUGUUGUGAAGCCCCGUUCGAGCGAGGCAUACGAGGGCGACAACGUCAUCAUAUUUUGCGAAGUGGUCGGCGAUCCCAAGCCCGACGUUGUCUGGCUGCGCGAUUUUCUAAAUCCGGAGUACUACAAGGACGCGCCACACUUUCGACGCAUCGGCGAGGGGCCGGAGUAUCGUUUGGAGAUACCCAGCGCCAAAUUGGACUUUACCGGCACUUAUUCAGUUAUAGCCAGCAAUUGCCAUGGCGAGGCCAAGGCUGUAAUAUCAUUGCAAAUCUACGCCAAAGAUAUACUUAAAGAUAAUCGCAUGGAUAAAGUUCACACGCGCCAUGGUAAUAUUGAGACAUUGCCGCGAUUCGUGCGCAAUUUGCGGAAUUUGCGCUGCUGUGAUGGAGAUGCUAUCUCUUUGGAGUGUCAUGUGGAGGCCAUGCCAGAGCCAUUCAUAAUAUGGGAGAAGGAUGGGCAUGUCGUGCCCAGUGACAGGGAUUACGUGAUGUCGUUUGACGGUGUCAAGGCUACUCUGAGUAUUCCACGCGUGUAUCCCGAGGACGAAGGGGAAUACACUUGUGUGGCCAAGAACUCGGUUGGCCGCACGCUCUCAUCAGCAUGCAUCAUUGUUGAUGUGCCCGAAGAGAAGGAGAAUAUGCUCAGUCGCCAAUUGGCACGACCAAGUGCCUUACUCUCAGCUCACUCCACACCGCGUUCCACACCUCGUUCGACUCCCAAUCGAAGCUUUUCGCCCAUGAGGCUUUCCUACCGCAACAGCAGUAUCGAUCUGCAAAGGGGAUCAGUGGAGCGUCGUCGCAGUGAUGCCCGCUGCAUAUCAGCGCCCAAAUUCCUAGCCAUUCCCUAUAAUCGUGUCGUGGAGGAGGGCGACAGCGUGCGCUUCCAGUGUGCCAUUGCCGGACAUCCCACUCCGUGGGCCACCUGGGACAAGGAUGGCAUGAUUGUCACGCCCACCCCUCGAAUUGCAGUCAAAGAAGUCGAUGAUCUGCGCUUCAUAGAGAUCGAUGAGGUGGGCUUCGACGAUGCUGGUCUGUAUCGAAUAACGUUGGAGAAUGACUUUGGUCGCAUAGAAGCCACUGCUCGUUUGGACGUAAUUAGCAGCUCACGCUACUCCAAGUCUCCAUCGACACGUAGCGUGCGCGCUUCCUCCUCGAGACGAAAUGCCUAUCUCUACAGACGCAUCAUGGGCCCCUCUACAGCUAUUGGCGGCCGCAUGGCAUUGGCAAGUGGUUUUCGUGGCUCGUCUGUGCCUUCAGUAAGAUUCUAUCACAACAAUGUAGAGCUGGAACCAUCGGACCGGGUGCACAUUGUGCUGCAGGAGGACGAAGCUAUGCUGUUUGUGGACAACGUAACUGAGGAGGACGAAGGCAUCUACACCUGCAUCAUAAGUGGCGAUCAUGAACCUUUAAUUAGUUCCACUGAUGUCAAGUUCCAUGGCUCCAGUACUGAUAUACAACGUCGACGCGCAACCAUCGCCGAGCCAUUGCCAGAGCUAACUAAAUCCGUCGAGGGAGAGGUUAUCGAUCUCUGCUGUGUCAUUGAAAGCGACGAACCCUACAGCUAUGUCUGGUUGCGUAAUGGAGAAAUACUGCCCGACAGCGAGGAAUUCAACUACAUCGAUCACGGCAAUGGUUGCCUCUGCUUGCGCAUCAACGACGCCUUCGACAUUGACUCGGGCAUCUACAGCUGUCAGGUGUACACGUCCACAACAGAUGACAGCAACAGCAGCAGCGACGGCGACGGCGACUGCGACUGCAGCAGCAGCGGCGAGCUGUGCGUACUCGAGCGCGAUCUCACACGGACCGAAGAGAGCGUACAGCUGCUAAAGACGCCGCUGCCAUUGGUCUGUGCUCCAGGUGCCGAAGCUCUCUUCUAUGCGCGUGUUUUCCCCUGCCAAGCGGAUGUCGAAUGGUAUCUCAACGGAAAACUGAUUACGGAUGACUCACCAAACCAAAUGUUGGAGUCAUAUCCAGAGAACGGCAUUCGCUUGCUGCGCCUGCGAAACGUGCAACUGUCCCAGAGCGGCGAAUUGCGACUGCAAGUGAAACAUCCACAGGCGGAACGACGUGCGCCCUCCAUACGCAGCUAUACCAGCCUUCUAGUACUACCAGUCAACAACAGCAACAACAACAACAGCAGCAAUAGCAAUAAUAAUAUUAAUAAUAAUAAUAACAAGGAGCAGCACAAUCUCCCGCUGGCUGCCAGCAGCUGCAUAUUGAGGGGCCCGGAAGAUUGCACCGCACUCAUUGGGGGCCACGUCCAACUGAGCGUGCACUAUGAGCCAUUCCCCAAUACCAAAGUCAUCUGGUACAAGGCGUGCCGUGCCAUUGUUGAGGGCGCCAAUGUGACAAUCCGCACAACGUCGCAACGAUCAACGCUUUAUAUAACGGACAUCUCCGCCGAUGACAGCGGCAAGUAUACGGCCGAAAUAAUGAACGAAUAUGGCAUAGAGGCGGCAUCGGCCUCAGUGGCCGUCGAGGGACCCCCGGAGCCGCCCAGCGGAAAGCCGAGCGUGUCCCUUGGACCCGAUCGUGUGGCCGUCGCCUGGUGUGGACCGCCCUACGAUGGUGGCUGCAUGAUAACUGGAUUUAUCAUCGAGAUGCAGAGCUGCAAUCCCACGGACUGUGAUAGCGUCAAGGACAACGCUGACUGGCAGCAGGUGGCGCGUGUUGUGGAUACGCUGGCCUAUACCGUCAAGGAGCUGCUGCCCCAGCUGCAGUACAGAUUUCGUGUGCGCGCCGAGAACAUACACGGACGCAGUGCACCCAGUCAGGUCAGUGAAUGGGUGCAGACAACGCGACCAGCCAGCACAGUGGAUGCUGGCAGCACAACAAAUUCCACGAGCGCGGUAAGCGUCCAGUCGGGCGGCGAUUUCAAGGCACGUUUCGAAAUCAUCGAGGAGCUUGGCAAGGGACGAUUCGGUGUCGUCUACAAGGUGCAGGAACGCACACACCCCGAACAGCUGCUGGCCGCCAAGGUGAUCAAGUGCAUCAAGUCGCGCGAUCGCCAGAAAGUUCUGGAAGAGAUAUCCAUCAUGCGUUCGCUGCAGCAUCCCAAGCUGUUGCAGCUGGCCGCCUCCUUUGAGAGUCCACGCGAAAUCGUCAUGGUCAUGGAAUACAUUACGGGUGGAGAGCUGUUCGAGCGCGUGGUUGCGGAUGACUUUACGCUGACCGAGCUGGACUGCAUUCUAUUCCUGCGGCAGGUGUGUGAAGGCGUUGCCUACAUGCACAGCCAGAGCGUCGUCCACUUGGAUCUGAAGCCGGAGAAUAUCAUGUGCCACACGCGCACCAGCCAUCAGAUCAAGAUCAUUGACUUUGGUCUGGCCCAGCGUCUGGACACAAAGGCGCCAGUGCGCGUGCUCUUUGGCACGCCGGAAUUUAUACCGCCAGAGAUCAUAAGCUAUGAGCCCAUUGACUUCAAGUCAGACAUGUGGAGCGUGGGCGUCAUAUGCUAUGUGCUACUCUCGGGCCUAUCGCCCUUCAUGGGUGACUCCGAUGUGGAGACUUUUUCGAAUAUAACACGUGCGGACUACGACUACGAUGACGAGGCCUUCGAUUGCGUCUCGCAAGAGGCCAAGGACUUUAUCUCACAGCUGCUAGUCCAUCGAAAGGAGUCGCGCCUGACGGCCCAACAGUGUCUCGAAUCCAAGUGGCUGUGCCAGCGCCACGAUGAGAAUCUCAGCAACAACAAAAUCUGCACAGACAAGCUUAAGAAAUUCAUUAUACGACGCAAAUGGCAGAAAACGGGCAAUGCUAUACGGGCGCUGGGUCGCAUGGCUACGCUGUCCGCCUCGCGUCGCAAUUCGGCCAUUGCCAUGGGCGCUCUCAGUAGUCCACGCCCCUCGAUUUCCGGCUUGAGCAUGCUGAGCGCCGUCAACGUGUGCAGCACGCAAAUGGCCUCCUUGAACGAGGAGGAGGAUGACUUUACGGGCGAGAUGCCGCAUGUGGACAAGCGCAAGACGACGAACCUCAAACUGCGCGACAAAUCGCAGUGCAGCGAGCGCAGUGAUUCUGGCUACAGCGAGUGCUCCAAUGGCAGCCUGGGCACACAGGAGACGCUGCUGCUAACGCUGGCCAAGUGCAAGCUGGAGCAGAUUGCCAAGGCCAGCCAGAGCGAGACGGCAGACAAUGCGGCCAGUGCACUGCCAUCACUGGACCUGUCCGUCAAGAGUGAGCCCAUAAUGCUCUCCGAUUUCACCAAUACGGUCAAGAUGCGCAAGAAGUCGCUGGAGGAUAGUUGCACACGUGAAAAGCUCAAGCCGCAUAUCAAACCCAUUUGCGAGCCCAAGCUGAAGGUGUCCCAGCUGAAGCACAAGUUUCAGCAAUCAAAUGCCGCUGCUGCUGCUGCACACAAGAAACCUGCCAUCGAGCCCAACAAAAUCGCCAAGGUCGCGAGCAUGGGUCGCAUCAGCAAACUUGAGCCAGCGAGCAGGCCCGCUGUCGCCAUUAAAGCGAAGCCAACACAAACCCAGUCCAUGCCCAGCUCCCCGCUGCCACAGCGUUCAGCAACGCCAACGCGGCUGAGCAGUCGAGUACGUGAGACGACGGAGCGUCUUGCCCAACAGCACACGGUGGCCAGUGCACAGCGACAGGCGGCGAAUGGCAAGGGGCAUGGCAAUGGAAAUGGUGGUGGAGAUGGAAAUGGUAAUGGAAAUGGAAAUGGGAACGGUCAUGGUCUCGGGCAUGGACACGAGCACGGACAGGGGCACGAAUCACGUGCGCGUCGUCUCAUCAAUAGAUUUAACGAAACGAAACAUAUCACGUCCUAGCUUUUUAAUGACUCUGAUUUACUUAUUUCACUUUAUUAUUAUUGUUUUUUUUUUUUUUUUUUUUAUCUAUUGUGUAAAAACAAACCCAAGGAAAAUCUGUACGAAAAAACACUCGAAUAUACAUAUGUAUAUUUAUAUAACUAUAUAUAUAUACAUAUAUAUAUAGUUGCAAUUGCGAACUAAUUAUAAUCCAAAUCCGAAUCCAAAAUGGCACCCAAAACAUUUUUAGGCACAGGCACAGGCACACCGCACUGCACUUAGGCUAGACAAAGGCUAAAUAUUUAAAUUAUUGUAUCGAUUUAUAUACAUACAUCUAUUUACCAUACUAAUUAAAGUUAAUGUAACGAA